CGGCUGCCCGCAGCCCCAGGCUCGCUGAGGAAACCGCGGGGACCACCUUUACCCAGCCCAUCCCCCGCCGCCCCUCGGGGACCCAGAAGUUCAGGUUGUGCGGCGGAGCCCGACGCCUCGAUCGGGAGGUGGGGCGAGUCGAGGCGCCGGCUCGAGGCGGAGGCAGCGGGAUCGCGGGUCCCGGGUGCAGCCAGGCCUGGCGAGGCCUCCUUCCGAUAGCCAGGGCUCCUCCGCCGCUGCUUCUCCCCGCGGCCUGAAUGGAUCGCUCCGCCUCGUACCUCCCCAGCGCCCUGGGCGCAAUGGAAUAUUCCAUUGCCCCUCCGGUGCUCGCCGGCGUUGCUGGGGACGCUCUCACCGUUGCCAGGGAAAGCCCCGGACGUGACGGCUCCGCGCGACCCCGAGCGGUCCCCCCCCAUGCCCCUGCGCGCUCCUCCCCUCCCCUCCCCCCCCUUCCCUCUCUUUCCCUCCCCGGGCUCCAGAUAGGGAGAAGUAAACAGCGAGGCCCGCGACCCAGGCCAGGCGGGAGCAUGCUGGAGCUCUGGGGGCGCAGGCUCCCCUCGGCGUGGGUGCUGCUCCUGUGGUCACUGCUGUUGCUGCUGCCCUCGCUGCCCGCAGCCCCCGCCCCCCGCCGCGCGUCCUACAAGCCGGUCAUCGUGGUGCACGGACUGUUUGACAGCUCGUACAGCUUCCGCCACCUGCUGGAAUACAUCAACGAGACACACCCCGGGACCGUGGUGACAGUGCUCGAUCUCUUCGAUGGCAGAGAGAGCUUGCGGCCCCUGUGGGAACAGGUGCAAGGGUUCCAAGAGGCCGUGGCCCCCCUCAUGGCAAAGGCGCCUCAAGGGGUGCAUCUCAUCUGCUACUCCCAGGGAGGCCUCGUGUGCCGGGCUCUGCUCUCUGUCAUGGAUGAGCACAACGUGGACUCCUUCAUCUCCCUCUCCUCUCCGCAGAUGGGGCAGUAUGGGGACACGGACUACUUGAAGUGGCUGUUCCCCACCUCCAUGCGGUCCAACCUCUACCGCAUCUGCUACAGCCCCUGGGGCCAGGAAUUCUCCAUCUGCAACUACUGGCACGACCCCCACCACGAUGACUUGUACCUCAAUGCCAGCAGCUUCCUGGCCCUGAUCAACGGGGAGAGAGACCACCCCAACGCCACUGCGUGGCGGAAGAACUUCCUGCGUGUGGGCCGCCUGGUGCUGAUUGGAGGCCCGGAUGAUGGCGUUAUUACUCCUUGGCAGUCCAGCUUCUUUGGUUUCUAUGAUGCCAAUGAGACGGUGCUGGAGAUGGAGGAGCAGCCGGUUUAUCUGCGAGAUUCUUUCGGGUUGAAGACGCUGUUGGCCCGGGGAGCCAUAGAGCGGUGCCCGAUGGCUGGGAUCGCCCACACGGCCUGGCACUCCAACCGCACCCUUUACAAGACCUGCAUUGAGCCGUGGCUCUCCUGAGGGCGCCCCAGGGUGGCCAGGAAGUCCCCAGCCCGGAGACGGAGCAGUGGCCUUGGAAGGCGGACAUCAGGCUCUGGUGCACCUGUGACCACCUCAUCGCUCCCACACUGCCCCCCACCGACCAGGGCUCCCCAACCCCCUCCGCUCAUCUGUGAACGAAGGUUCCUUCCUGGCGGCCUACCUCAUGUCCGCUGUUUUGGGGGGUGCUCCCUGCACCCCUUUCUCCCAAGGCUGAGGUCAGGACGGGAGAACCAGGUUUGUAACUCGUGGCUGCUCCUGCUGCUGCUGCUGCUCCUCCAACCUGGCCGUGCGGGAGGAGGCCCAGCCCUGUCCUGGUACCACAGGGUCUCCUUCCGGGCCACUCAGGACAUUUUUAGCUUCUCCCCACGUCCCUUGUCCUGGGGACUCCCUCGUCGUCAGCCCUCCCGGCCCCCUAGAGCAAUGCCCGUGAGCGUGGGGUUCUGAGGCUCCCCUAUGGGGACAGUUCUGUUCUCGAAGUGUCAGUGUUGGGGAAUAUCUGUGGCCUGUGAGGCCCAUCUCAGGUUUGGGGAUCCCCCAGUCCCUCUGAUCAGUGUUGGGGUCCCCCUGGGAGCCUAGUUUGAGGCCCCAGCCCCUCUUUUAACCCUUGAAUGGGUGUUCUCCUAUAUUUAUGGAAAUAAAGGUCCAUUUCCUCA